UUUUUUUUUUUUUUUUUUUUUUUUUUUUUUUUUCAAUUUUUGGUCGGUGACGGCGGUGCUGGGCCUGGGGAAGGAAGGGACACGGAGGCCGCCCUCGCCCCGCCACCCCCUACCCUCUUCCCCCUUGCCCCGGCUCCGGGAGAUGUGCCGGGCGGGGGGCCCGGGUUCGCGGAGCAGCAGGAGGGACACGCUGGGCCGACCCCAGAGCGGCGCUGGACAGGCUGGUGGGCCAGGCCGUGGUGCCCACCAGGUGAUGCGGGGCGAGGCCCCCCGCACAGGCCACUGAGAGCACCGGACACGCCCCCGGCUGCCACCAUGGCCCGCCUGGCUGCAGUGCUCUGGAAUCUGUGUGUCACUGCCGUCCUGGUCACCUCGGCCACCCAAGGCCUGAGCCGGGCUGGGCUCCCGUUCGGGCUGAUGCGCCGGGAGCUGGCAUGUGAAGGCUACCCCAUCGAGCUGCGGUGCCCCGGCAGUGACGUCAUCAUGGUGGAGAACGCCAACUACGGGCGCACAGAUGACAAGAUUUGCGACGCUGACCCUUUCCAGAUGGAGAAUGUGCAGUGCUACCUGCCGGACGCCUUCAAGAUCAUGUCACAGAGGUGUAACAACCGCACCCAGUGCGUGGUGGUUGCCGGCUCGGAUGCCUUUCCUGACCCCUGUCCUGGGACCUACAAGUACCUGGAGGUGCAGUACGACUGUGUCCCCUACAUAGAAGUGGAGCAGAAAGUCUUCGUGUGCCCAGGGACCCUGCAGAAGGUGCUUGAGCCUACCUCGACACAUGAGUCAGAGCACCAGUCUGGCGCGUGGUGCAAGGACCCGCUGCAGGCUGGUGACCGCAUCUAUGUGAUGCCCUGGAUCCCUUACCGCACGGACACGCUGACUGAGUACGCCUCAUGGGAGGACUACGUGGCCGCCCGCCACACCACCACCUAUCGCCUGCCCAACCGCGUGGAUGGCACAGGCUUCGUGGUCUAUGAUGGCGCUGUCUUCUACAACAAGGAGCGCACGCGCAACAUUGUCAAGUAUGACCUGCGGACGCGCAUCAAGAGUGGGGAGACGGUCAUCAAUACCGCCAACUACCACGACACCUCGCCCUACCGCUGGGGUGGCAAGACCGACAUCGACCUGGCGGUAGACGAGAAUGGGCUGUGGGUCAUCUAUGCGACUGAGGGCAACAACGGGCGGCUGGUGGUGAGCCAGCUGAACCCCUACACGCUGCGCUUCGAGGGCACGUGGGAGACGGGCUACGACAAGCGCUCUGCGUCCAACGCCUUCAUGGUGUGUGGGGUCCUGUACGUGCUGCGCUCUGUGUACGUGGACGACGACAGUGAGGCGGCCGGCAACCGCGUGGACUAUGCCUUCAACACCAAUGCCAACCGCGAGGAGCCUGUCAGCCUUGCCUUCCCCAACCCCUACCAGUUCAUCUCCUCCGUCGACUACAACCCUCGGGACAACCAGCUGUAUGUCUGGAACAACUAUUUCGUGGUGCGCUAUAGCCUGGAGUUCGGGCCACCCGACCCCAGUGCUGGUGAGGACGACUCACUUCCAGGCCCAGCCACUUCCCCGCCCCUCAGCACGACCACCACAGCCAGGCCCACGCCCCUUACCAGCACAGCCUCGCCUGCAGCCACCACCCCACUCCGCCGGGCGCCCCUCACCACGCACCCAGUGGGUGCCAUCAACCAGCUGGGACCUGAUCUGCCUCCAGCCACAGCCCCAGCCCCCAGCACCCGGCGACCCCCAGCCCCGAAUCUGCAUGUGUCCCCUGAGCUCUUCUGCGAGCCCCGAGAGGUACGGCGGGUCCAGUGGCCGGCCACCCAGCAGGGAAUGCUGGUGGAAAGGCCCUGCCCCAAGGGGACUCGAGGAAUUGCCUCCUUCCAGUGUCUACCAGCCUUGGGGCUCUGGAACCCCCGGGGCCCUGACCUCAGCAACUGCACCUCUCCCUGGGUCAACCAGGUGGCCCAGAAGAUCAAGAGUGGAGAGAAUGCAGCCAACAUUGCCAGCGAGCUGGCCAGACACACCCGGGGCUCCAUCUACGCAGGGGACGUCUCCUCCUCUGUGAAGCUGAUGGAGCAGCUGCUGGACAUCCUGGACGCCCAGCUGCAGGCCCUUCGGCCCAUCGAGCGCGAGUCAGCUGGCAAGAACUACAACAAGAUGCACAAGCGAGAGAGAACUUGCAAGGAUUAUAUCAAGGCUGUGGUGGAGACAGUGGACAAUCUGCUCCGGCCAGAAGCUCUGGAGUCCUGGAAGGACAUGAACGCCACAGAGCAGGUGCACACAGCCACCAUGCUCCUGGACGUCCUGGAGGAGGGUGCUUUCCUACUGGCUGACAACGUCAGGGAACCUGCCCGCUUUCUGGCUGCCAAGGAGAACGUGGUCCUGGAGGUCACAGUCCUGAACACAGAGGGCCAGGUGCAGGAGCUGGUGUUCCCCCAGGAGGAGUACCCGAGAAAGAACUCCAUCCAGCUGUCUGCCAAAACCAUCAAGCAGAACAGCCGCAAUGGGGUGGUCAAAGUUGUCUUCAUCCUCUAUAACAACCUGGGUCUCUUCCUGUCCACGGAGAACGCCACGGUGAAGCUGGCCGGGGAAGCAGGCCCGGGUGGCCCCGGGGGUGCCUCUCUGGUGGUGAACUCACAGGUCAUCGCAGCUUCCAUCAACAAGGAGUCCAGCCGCGUCUUCCUCAUGGACCCUGUCAUCUUCACCGUGGCCCACCUGGAGGACAAGAACCACUUCAAUGCUAACUGCUCCUUCUGGAACUACUCGGAGCGUUCCAUGCUGGGCUACUGGUCGACCCAGGGCUGCCGCCUGGUGGAGUCCAACAAGACCCAUACCACGUGUGCCUGCAGCCACCUCACCAACUUCGCCGUGCUCAUGGCUCACCGUGAGAUCUACCAGGGCCGCAUCAACGAGCUGCUGCUGUCAGUCAUCACCUGGGUGGGCAUCGUGAUCUCCCUGGUCUGCCUGGCCAUCUGCAUUUCCACCUUCUGCUUCCUGCGGGGGCUGCAGACCGACCGCAACACCAUCCACAAGAACCUGUGCAUCAACCUCUUCCUGGCUGAGCUACUCUUCCUGGUUGGGAUCGAUAAGACUCAGUAUGAGAUCGCCUGCCCCAUCUUCGCCGGCCUGCUGCACUACUUCUUCCUGGCUGCCUUCUCCUGGCUGUGCCUGGAGGGCGUGCACCUCUACCUGCUGCUGGUGGAGGUGUUUGAGAGCGAGUAUUCCCGCACCAAGUACUACUACCUAGGUGGCUACUGCUUCCCGGCCCUGGUGGUGGGCAUCGCGGCUGCCAUUGACUACCGCAGCUAUGGCACCGAGAAGGCCUGCUGGCUCCGAGUGGACAAUUACUUCAUCUGGAGUUUCAUUGGGCCCGUCUCUUUUGUUAUCGUGGUCAACCUGGUGUUCCUCAUGGUGACCCUGCACAAGAUGAUCCGAAGCUCAUCUGUGCUCAAGCCUGACUCCAGCCGCCUGGACAACAUUAAAUCCUGGGCGCUGGGGGCCAUCGCCCUGCUGUUCCUGCUGGGUCUCACCUGGGCUUUCGGCCUCCUCUUUAUCAAUAAGGAAUCGGUGGUCAUGGCCUAUCUCUUCACCACCUUCAACGCCUUCCAGGGGGUCUUCAUCUUCGUCUUUCACUGCGCCUUACAGAAGAAGGUGCACAAGGAGUACAGCAAGUGCCUGCGUCACUCCUACUGCUGCAUCCGCUCCCCACCCGGGGGCACUCAUGGGUCCCUCAAGACCUCAGCCAUGCGAAGCAACACCCGCUACUACACAGGGACCCAGAGCCGAAUUCGGAGGAUGUGGAAUGACACUGUGAGGAAACAGACAGAGUCCUCCUUCAUGGCGGGUGACAUCAACAGCACCCCCACCCUGAACCGAGGUACCAUGGGGAACCACCUGCUGACCAACCCUGUGCUGCAGCCCCGUGGGGGCACCAGCCCCUACAACACCCUCAUUGCCGAGUCAGUGGGCUUCAAUCCCUCCUCGCCCCCUGUCUUCAACUCCCCAGGGAGCUACCGGGAACCCAAGCACCCCUUGGGAGGCCGGGAAGCCUGUGGCAUGGACACCCUGCCCCUGAAUGGCAACUUCAACAACAGUUACUCCUUGCGAAGCGGGGAUUUCCCUCCCGGGGAUGGGGGCCCGGAGCCACCCCGCAGCCGGAACCUGGCUGAUGCCGCAGCCUUUGAGAAGAUGAUCAUCUCAGAGCUGGUGCACAACAACCUGCGGGGGAGCAGCAGUGCAGCCAAGGGCCCUCCACCACCUGAGCCCCCUGUGCCGCCUGUACCAGGGGGCGGGGGUGAGGAAGAGGCAGGCGGGCCCGGGGGUGCUGACCGGGCGGAGAUCGAACUUCUCUAUAAGGCCCUGGAGGAGCCUCUGCUGCUGCCCCGGGCCCAGUCGGUGCUGUACCAGAGUGAUCUGGACGAGUCGGAGAGCUGCACGGCCGAGGACGGCGCUACCAGCCGGCCCCUCUCCUCCCCUCCAGGCCGGGACUCCCUCUAUGCCAGCGGGGCCAACCUGCGGGACUCACCCUCCUACCCGGACAGCAGCCCCGAGGGGCCCAGUGAGGCCCUGCCCCCACCCCCUCCCGCACCCCCCGGCCCCCCUGAAAUCUACUACACCUCGCGCCCGCCAGCCCUGGUGGCCCGGAAUCCCCUGCAGGGCUACUACCAGGUGCGGCGGCCUAGCCAUGAGGGCUACCUGGCAGCCCCAGGCCUUGAGGGGCCAGGGCCCGAUGGGGACGGGCAGAUGCAGCUGGUCACCAGUCUCUGAGGGGACCUCAUGGACCAGGGGCUGGUGGCCCAGGCCAGGGAGGGAACCCUGGGCAAGGCUCUGGUGGGAGAGGGAGACAGAUGGAGGCAGUGGCUGGUGGGCCACUCUCCUGAUGCCCCUCAGCCAUGGGCCCUACAGUCCCCUCAAGGGACUCUGACCUAGGGGCCUGAGGUGCCAGGGCUCACAGACAGGGUUUCCCACCAGCCACAUGCACCAGCUCUAUUUAGGGGAAGUGUAGUGAGGAGGAGCCCAGAGGUCCUAGGGGAGGGAGGAGGGAGAACUUGGAAGGGUGCAGCCCACUUCCGGACUCUCCCCUCUCCCACCCUUGCCACUGCCUGAAGGGAAACGAGGGCUUUAGUUUCCCUGGGCAGGGAGGGCAGCUUCUGAGGUUGCCAAAGGCCCCACUGGAUGGCACCUGUCAGCUGCCCCUCUCCACAGUCAGAAAUGCUGCCGGCUGCACCCAGAGGGAGCAGCGAGGCGGGACACAUGGACACGUUCCUCCUUGAGCUACAAUUCCCUGCUCCCUGGAGACUGGGAAAAGGCCGAAGGCAGAGGGACUGGGCGGUGGUUUAAAGGUCGAACUUUCUCUGAAGCUCCUUUCCCCUUGCUCUUGGUCCCUGCCCCCCAAGCAAGCCUGCCUCCUCCACCUCCCAGUGUACCCAAUGACCCCCUCCCUUGGGGUGACUCCUGAUGAAGCACAACUCCCUGCAGGGCCCCCAGCCCACAGGGGUGGCCAUAUUUGGGCAGUUCCCAGUCCUGUGGGCUUGGCUAUCUGGGAAGCAGAUUUUGGGUCUGGAUUUCCCUGGGGAGUGGGUCCUGGGCUUGGAUCUUUCCCUAGGGGGCCCUCUUAUCCCUUCCUCUCUCCUCCUCCUCCCCCAUUGCUGUAAAUAUUUCAACGAAAUGGAAAAGAAAAAAAAAAAGACAAAAAAAAGACAAAAAAUCUCAUCACUUGAAGCCACCGGGAGCCUGCGGCCCGGGCAGACCAGCCCGGGCUUUCUCCAGAGCAGAGUGGCGCUGCCGGCCUGGCAGCCAGGACUUCUCCGCGUACGUGCAUCCCCAGUCCCCGCCCAGGCGGGCGGGCCGCCAGAGCAGCUUUUUACAAUCCAGAGACAGAAAACAAAAUCUAGAUGCAACAGCGAAACAAAGAACCCAUUUCCUUCCUGGCACCCGUUUCUGUCCCCUCCUUUCCUGCUCCACCUGCCUGGCAUCAUCAGCCCUCCUGGGGCGUGUACCUCACUGCUUGCCCCAGGACCAGAGGCCUGUCUCCCCCUCCCCUCCCCACUGGCCCUGGGGGGACCCCCUCACACCCAAAGAUGCUUUGCCAAGAUGGCUGCGCUGUCCCUUUGAGUUCCUGCUUCUUGUGUAUUGUUUUGGGGACUCUAGCCGGGGAAGAUGGGGCUGACUUCCCACCUAGCGAGGUUGAUGGUGGAAGGAAAAUGGAGAGGAACUGGGGUUGUGGAGGGCAUGGGUAUGGCUGAGGAGGGUGCUAGGGCGGCACGGUUGUCUUCUGUCUGAGGGAGGGGGAGAGGCAAAGGUGAGAAAUCAUCUCCCCUGCCCUCCACCCUCCCGCAGGGGAGACGAAGCCAGGGCUGGGGUCAGGAUAUCCAUGUUCUGGGGGGGCUUGACCCCAAAUCCCAGGCCUGGAAGCUCCAGGCUUGGGAUGUCUCCUGAGCACCUCUUGCAGCCCCCUCCUCUCCAGAGUGUCCACCUAGCCUCCCCGGCCCCCUCCCCUCAACUCUAGGGGUAUCAUAGUCCCGAGGGCACCGUAGCCCAGCCCCUGCUUUGCCAUUUCCCCAGGGGUGGCCCCUCCACCUCUGCUCUGACCUCUCCCGUCUCUUGCCCCUCCCUCUUUUCUCACAAGUGCCAUGAGUUUUCAAACAUCUUCGGGUCUCAGCCUGCUGCUGCCAUGAACUUUGUUGGGUUAAGGGGGAGGGGCUCUAGGAAGGAACUGGGGGAAAGGGACAGGUAGGUGGCUGGAGGGACCCUUUUUGCUGCUAGAAAGCCCCUCCCUUCUCCUGGGGAGCUGGGGCUGGCUUGUCCCAUCAAUUAGGGGAGAAGGGGUCAGACCAAAGAUGGUGGUUUGUCCCGUGUAAGGGAACAGGUGUGGGGAAGAGGUGAGGUUGGGUUCCAUCUCUGGCUUUUUCUGGUAGAAAGGCCUAACCCAUUACACCAGAAGACCAUGGGUGAAGUCUAGAUGGGGAGAAGUGAGGCCGGGGACAGUCCUGCCAGAUGACUCCAAGGAGGGCAGGGGACAGUUCGUGGCUCUUUCUGGACUGCACUAGGCAGGGAGCUCUGUUGUGUGGAGGGGCGGUCAGAUGUCUCUGAAAAGUGGGCAGGAGGCAUGGGCAGGUGAGGAGCUGGCCUGGCCCGGCCUGGGCAGCAGCCCAGCUACAGCCUGUGGCUGCCCCUGACACCAGGAGGGGGGCCCGGAGAGUUCCAUGGGGGUUGGGACGCAAAGGGAGGCCCACUUCCUCCCUGCCCAGCCCUGCUUGUAUCUCUCCAGACUUGGACAAUCAAAGGGAGAGGGUAUAUAGCAGGUCCAGUUCCAGCUAGCAUUGCCCAGUGGCUGCUAGGCCUCAGAGCUGUGUGGCAGGGCCCCCUGCUGGGGCUGGACACCAUUGCAGUCCAGUGCAAAGCCACCCCCAGAGCCCAGGUGUCCCCCCGACCUAACCAGACCUGGUGCCUUGACGCCCCCACCCCAGCUGGGACGGUACAGAGAAGGGUCUUGGUUUCCUCUCCUACUCCUGUGGGUUCCUGAACUCAUUUGCUCCUAAAUCUUAUUAAUUCUUUUCCUCUGGAUUUUGGUUUAUUUUGGCUUUCCCUGGCCUUCUCUUUCUGUCUCCACCUCUCUUUCCCCAUCUCUCUUUGCCCAUGUCUUUCUUGCUGUCUAUAUGUUCCUCUUCUCUCAUCCUCAACUUUCUGUCCAUUCGGGCCUCCUCCCGCCUCCCAUGCCCCCAGCCCCUCCCUCCUUGGUCUCCUUUUCGAUAUGCCAAACCAAUUUUGGGUCGAGUGCAUUUAACGAGAACAAAACAAAAGGCUCAUAACAACAAGAACAUUUCAGAAAAAAACAAAAAGUUUAAAAAAAUUUGUUGAGUCAAAAAGUCAAACAAUAAAGAAAUUAAGAUUUCUUGGAA